CAGGUGCUGCCAAGAUGGUGACCAACAGGCCCAGACUGAGUUUCAAAACUCCUCUUUACAAAGUCUGUGGGUAAAGUUAUGGAGUGUCUGUUGUGAUGUUUAUGUUCAUGUGGCCCUAAAGGGGAAAUACUAAAUAGGACGGUUUCAAAUGAGGAAGUGAAGCGGCAUUGCUAUGGAGCCACAGAUGCAGGAAAUUUGAGUGAAUAGAUGGGACAAAAAGACAUUGUAUUUCAACAAGAGGGAUUACCAUUACACUUGUGCAUGUUUCAAAUUAAUUAGCGAGAAAGAAGUCGAUUUAGAAGAGCAUAAAUUAAUCUUCCGGUUCUGUUUGGGUGUUCCCUUGGUAUCAUUCUUCCUGGAUGAUUUCGAUCAUUACUGACAUAAUCUGGAAUCAAAUGAAUCAUUGCUCUGCAUUUUGUUAGUUAGACGUGACAAAAAGAAUAAAUGAUAAGGACUGCAAAAUCUACAUCCUUUGCAAAUAACUGCUCUGCACCGGAGGUUUUUACCACAAAGCUUCAGUGCUACACAUGACUCAUUCCGUCUCUGUGUGUGGCUUCCUGUAAAGAUAGGUCAUCCUGUUCACUGUCUCACAGUCUCUGCCCGACUCUUUAACCUCAGUUGACAGUGUGCCGUUUCUGUCUCUGCUGAAUCCCUCAAUAGAUUCAGCCUGAUUGAUCUAAUGAGUUUGGGGGACUCAAACAUGGCUGGAAAUGCACUGGGAAUGGCCUUCUCACUCCUGCUUCUUGCCUAUAUUAUUCAAGGGCUCCGGGAUGUCGAGUUGUACCGUUCUGAAACGGUGGAAGGUGUUGUGGGCCAGAACAUUACCUUACCUUGUAUUGUAAAAAACCCCACUGAUCUCAAGAUUGUGAGUAUUGAAUGGAGUAAGAAGACAUAUGAAAGCACAAAGCUGGCCUUGUACAGCUCAGGUCAUGGAUACCAUUAUUUCAAGUCUAAUGUCACCAUCCUGCUUCAGCACAAUGAUGCAAACAAGUUGACAGGCUCCUAUCUAAACCUUUCUGAAGUGAAGAAAUGGGACAGUGGCAUCUAUGUUUGUGAAAUUACAACUUUUCCUUUUGGAACCUUAAGGGAUGAAACAGAGCUAAUAGUCAAAGAUGACAUUAAAAUUACGUGUGACGCGGAUGGCAUUAUUGAGGUCCAUAAUGGAGAAAAUGUGACAAUUCGCUGCAGAUUAUACCCUCAUGCACAGUACAGGUGGACCAAGAACAACGAGCUGGUGUCAGAGAAUGAAUCUCUUGCGCUGUGGUGGGUGACUGAUGCUCUUGCAGGGGUUUACACAUUCACUCUCAACACAGGAAACAAUAGUCUGCAAAAAGAGUUUACCAUCACAGUGCUAACAGCAACCACAAGCUUAAGGACAGAUCUUGUGACAGCAUCACCACAGGGUUUGACUGAAUCAGCAGACAGCAGCCUCAACGCGUCAGUGACUACUGAGCUCUCAGCCCAUGCAAAUUGGACCAUGAAUAUGGAUACUGUUAAUCCAAACACCAGCGAUGUUACAGUCACAGCUAUAGAGAAUAUAACGUCUUCUACACAAUCAACACAUAUCGAUGUUACAUCCUCCCCUGCCACACACUCCACAAGAUCAAGCUAUGGCAGCACAGUGUUUAAAGAGACAACAGAAACGGUCAGCUAUGAGACGAGGAAUGAGUCCACAAUCCACCCUGCGGACAUUUUCUCGACAAGGCUAGAAGAGACCAGCACCUUAGGAAACAUUUCACAAAAUUCUGAAAAUCCCGAUGCAGCUCCAACUCUAAAUGCAGAAACUACAGUUAUAUUCACCAAGGAAAAAGAUGCCGUACGGAGUCAUCUGUUGCCGUUAAUCAUUGUUCCGAUGAUGGUAUUGACUGCCGUGGCUGGCUUUCUCUACAGGAGACAAAUAAUAAAGAAGAGAAUGGAUCUACCUCCUCCGUUCAAACCUCCUCCACCUCCAGUCAAGUAUACAGCUGCAAGACAAAGUGAGGAUUCGACACAGUUUUUCCCAACUUCGAGGUGUAACUCGGUCGUAGAAUCGAAAGAUAUGCAACAAAUGUUUGUUAUGACAUGACAAAAGGAGUCUUUUGGUCAAAAUUGUGUGCCAAAUGUUAUCCUGACAGCAAUGGAAUACAUGCAACUCCUGGUACCCAUGUUUCUGUAUGUAUGAAAGUAACAUCUGACAGUGUAUUCCAUCAUCAGCUAUGCAUGUAAAUCUUGUCUGAUGCAUUUUUAAGAUGUAAUGCAGUUUCUUUAAACACCAGAGUAUCUUGUCUUGGUUUUAUGAAAAGUCACAAAAUGUUUUACUUUCAGUUGUAAACUGCAAUUACAACCCUGUGACAGGAAAUUGUGGGUGGAGUCAGUGUUAUAAAGAACCAUGUUUUUAUCAUUUGCAUGCACUGACAGAAAUGAUAUAUUUUAUGAAUUUUUUGAACUAAAUGUAUUAUUCAGUAUGUUUCUAACAAUUUCAAUAAAAACUUGUUAAAUCUGA